GAGGGGGGUUCGCAAUCGCAUACAGUUUGCUGUUGAACAUGUCUGUAGAAUAAGGAAGUGGAGCUGGAGAAGGGAAAUGCUAGGAUGGGAGUAUAGUUACAGCAUGGCGGCGGAGUUAGUGGACUAUGGAAGUAGUUUCUGGGCUCCUUUCUUACACCCAAGCAAAGGUUGCAGUGUUGUUUGGGCUGUCUGCUGGAAGCAAUGCGCAAAAAUGUAAAAAGAUGGAAGAAAAAGUGCUCGAGGUGUACGAUAUAAUCCGUAAUAUCCGUGAUCCAGAGAAACCAAAUACCCUGGAAGAAUUGGAUGUUGUGUCUGAAAGCUGUGUGGAAGUUCAGGAACUGACAGAUGAGGAUUACCUUGUUAUUAUAAGGUUCACGCCAACAGUGCCACACUGUUCGUUGGCAACUCUCAUUGGCCUUUGUCUACGUGUAAAACUUCAGAGAUGUUUGCCUUUCAGACAUAAGUUGGAGAUCUACAUUUCUGAAGGAACUCAUUCUACUGAAGAAGACAUCAACAAGCAGAUCAACGAUAAAGAAAGAGUGGCAGCAGCAAUGGAAAACCCAAAUUUACGAGAGAUUGUGGAACAGUGCGUCACCGAACCUGAUGAUUAGCCAUUUCAUUAUUGCGUAGAAGAUGCAGUGACUUGCUACCAAACCUGCAGUUUUACAGUGUUCUUGCAUGUUCAUAGAUUUUAUCAUGUCUGACAAGGCCUUUUUUAUAACAUUCAGAGACAUGAUUAUGACAAAAGCUCAGGAAAAAACGUUCCCGAGGACCUCAAUACUUCGAAUUCCUGAUCUUUCAGUGAGACCGUGUAUUCAGUUGUGUUUAUAUAUUACAUAAAGAAACAGAAGCAUUUCUAAAAAAUAUAUUUUCAGAUAGGAAAGCUUCAUUAGUUUUUUUUUUUUUUUUUUCUUAAAGGUUUAUGGCUUAAAUAAAUGUCUAGACAAAUCCGCUAAUAAAUAUAAUUUAAAAAAAAAUUGUAAAACUGAAAAUAUCCAUUGUGAUGUAUAUUUAUGUUGGUGAUUUUCUUAUUUAGACCAUCUUGCUCCCAAAGUUUUGAUAACUAUACUGUGUGGGCUUUUUGUAUGUUAAUGGUUUAUGCAUGCAUCUUUUCAGGUAGUUUAUGAUCUCAAAAGGUUUAGCAACACAGCCACUCUUAACUGAUUUUUAAUACAUGUACAAGCUGUAAUUUUUAUUUAGAUGUAGUAUAGAGCCUUUAACGCUUGACAGUUAAUAAUGCUGUUCUGGUGUUUUUCCAGUUAUUGACUGUAGAGAAGUAACUAGAACUGACUGUCAUUUAGCAAGUGUUCACAGCUGUGUAAGGCUAGAUACUGGCACGUGUUUCAUACUGCUGUACAUUAACACAGGCAGUUAUGAAGUGUGUUUUCAAAUUUAAUUUUUCUUUGUCAUUUGACCAUGCCGUGAGAUCCCAGAGUUAACAGCUUUUCAGCUAGUGUUGGAGAGCAUUAAAACUGACUGGUGAUAGACAGCUUGUCACAGUGAUAUCCCUACAUGUAUCAGUUCACAGGAAUCCCUAAAACAUGGGGUUUGCAUCAUAUUUAAGUGAAUGAUGUAGUAGGAGAGCUUUUAGUCUGCAUAUGGCUUAAAUCUCAACAAUGAGAACUGUGAGUAGUACAAUUAUAACAUAUGAAAGUAGCACUUGUUAAAUUAAAAGUUGAUUAUAGAGCACUGGA